AUGGCUCAGGUGAACGUCUGGAGCGAUGGUCCGGGAGUUCUGGACAUUCCGAUGACAAUGAAUGCCCGACUGAGUGGCCAAAUGCCGAUCGAAGUGAACCAAUUCGUGUAUGUCUUCGAAGACAUCGGUUUGUCUCCAAGACAUCGAUACGAGACAAUCAGUGGCCGCGAAACCAAUUACACUGUCGUCUAUCAGUCCAACGAAACCAUUAGCGGAACCUAUACUAUGAUAGUACAGGUCUUUGUCUACAUCUGGGGCUUCAAGGGUUGGCUCAUCGCUGAAGAUCGCCAUAAGUUUGUUCUUCAGGACACUUUGGCCGGAAAUAUAAAUAUCACUCAAUCGGGAGUUUCGCAAAAGGCUUUAACCGACGGAAUAGUGGCCACCAAUAGAGAGGUUCAACUGAUGGCUCAGAUUAACUACGGCUCACACGUACUGAAGAACUCAUCGGUUUGUAACUAUACGUGGGUUUUGGAGAGUAAAACACACGACGCGAACCCAUCGCCUGUUUUUAAGUACAACUUCACGACGAAUGCCACGUUUGAAGUAGAAGUGAUCAUUUUCUGCAAUAUAUCGUAUAUGAAGACUAAUAUCUCAAAGUUUGGUCACUUCACCACAACUAUUAAGGCUAAGAACGAGAUCCAAGGGCUGAACGUAACCGGCAAUACAUGGCUAUUGGACGGCGCACUCCUGCAGCUGAAGGUGCACUGCAGGGCAGGGGAUAAACCAUUUUGGUAUUGCUAUGAGUUCUCCAAGAAGUUGCGCCCGAACUACACCUGCAGUAAAGAACUGAUCCAUACGAAUGACUGCUACUUUCCAAUUACACAUUACUUCCCAUAUAACGGCACUUAUUAUAUAGACAUUGGGAUCUAUAAUGACGUUAAUUUCGUCAAUAAAACAAUUAAAGUCAAUGUUUACGACAUCGUACGACAAACGCAGUUAUCAUUUGUGAUAAUACCGGUCGUGAGCUCAAUACUGGCCAUCGUUAUAGUAGUGGCGGGUAUUGCAUAUCAUUUGCAACAAAGAGCUAAUAAUAAUAUAACACUAGAAGUGGCGGACUUUGACUUUCAACAAAACGACGAUUUAGUUGAGAAGACUUUUUUUGAAAGGCUUCGCACAUCGAUUGCCACAGCGAUGAGGGAAACCAUUUUCUAUCCAUUCAAUCCCUGCACAAGAGGUGAACAUUACAACAACCUUAUCGAUGAUAAUAUUGCUACUAAUGUCGCCAUUAAUACUAACGAUGUUUCCUAUGGUAUCACUAAAUAGUCUUCUGUUUGAAUACUUCGCUAGAAUUGUAUAUAUAUUUUGUAAUUAAUUUUAUGAAUCACUCAUUAUUUAUGAUUUG